AUGACAGUAUCAUUUAAUUAUCAAAAUAAUGAAAUUGUUUCCUCACCCACAGUCAUUGUUAGUGGCUCUACAUCAACAAGAUUAUAUCGUGGAGUAGUUUCAUUUACGAACAAUCAGAAUAAAGUAUUUCCUCCCCAAUAUUUCGAAGUCAAUAAUGGUCAUUUCAAAGCAAUAAUUCAUGUUUCACCAGGGGAAAGAAAUAUUUUCCAAGUUGAUAUACUGGAUAAUGGAUAUAUAAACGAUUUUGGAUUUGUCGAAUAUGGUAAUGGCCGUGGUCCCAACAUCGUUGAUUCAGGGUCUUUAACAUUAUCUUUCAAUCCAUUACCCCAAAAUAAACCUAUCCAUUUAUGUUUAAUUCGAGGCAGGGAUUCCAAUAAUACUUAUGAUAUGCCUAAAUAUAGACUACAACGAGGUGAAGUACCUAAUUUAGAAAACGCAAUUAAAAAAUUAAAAGUUGCUGGUCGAUUAAUGCAAGCUUACACACAAGAUGAAAUGAGAUCAGCAGGAUUUAGUAAUCGAUGUUUCCAAUUUGUUGAAGAAACAAUUCAUGAUCAAACGAUAUUUGGUUAUAAAGUCAAUUCUCCUACUCCACAUCAAGAAAUUAAGAUCCAUGUUCUUACGUCUCCGAAAACUGUAGCAGAAUUGAGAAGUCCAGAAUUAGCACAACAAAACCCAAAUGCUAAAGAUUCAGGGGGGUUAUUUGAUCAUGCUAUAGAUUUAGUGAAAAAUUGUCCAGAAAUUUACAAUCAACGAAAUGGUACUGCCGUUCAAUGUGCAUGUAUGUAUUUGGAUUCAACAUGGCAAAAUAAUUUAAUUUUGACUCAUGCUGCUUUAGGUGGUGGUACAAAUGAAGUGAAAAUGGCGAUAUUUGGAUCUCAUGGAUUACAUUCAUAUCCUCAAAAUUUCCCCUUGGUAACACCAUCAUUUUUAGAUGCUACCCAUUUGACAACAACAGAAGUUGCCAAUGAUUGUAAUGAAUGUGGAACUAGUUGGGAAUGUUUAAAUAUUUGUCUUGGUGCCUUUUUACACGAAAUUGGCCAUUCAUUAGGGUGUCCUCAUCAAGUUGAUGGAGUUAUGUUACGUGAUUAUGUGAUGUUGAAUAGAUCAUUCAUGACUAGAGAAAAUGAAUGUUUAAGAACGAAAUCACGAGGACAAAUAAUUGCCAAUAAUGGAACUUGGCCUAAAGUUUGUCAUUGGAAUAGACUAGAUUUAGUUAGAUUCUUGCAUCAUGAUUCGUUUUCGUUACCGAUUGAUAGAUUUGGGAAAACUUAUAGUACGACAUGGAACCCUGAUAAUAGUUACCAAGAUAAUUCGGCACCUAGUCUGUAUGCAAUGCCUCUGAAUGAAUCACUUGUGAAAUCUUCAGCCGGGAUUUUCUUGAUAGAAGUAAUUACUGAUGAUCUUGCAAGAUAUCACAUUGAAUUUUUACCUAAAGAAUAUAGAGGUCCUGGAUUACAACAUGCACUGGAUUUGGAAUUUAAUAAUUUAUAUAAUGCAUUACGAUCUCGGAAAAAUGAUGCCAAAGAUGGAUUUAAAUUACGUAUAUUAUCACUUGGAGGUGACUUGAAUAUUGACAAUUUCAAAGACCAUUGUUCCAAACAACUGAAACAAGUCAUUCAAAGUGAUUUUGGAUUGAAUAGAGGACAUUUACAAGGAUUUAAAUCAGCCACUUUGGGACGUACUGAUGAUCUUAAAAUGGAAUUUGUUGGUUUUGAUAUAAAGACAAUUUAUAAAGUCCGGGUUUAUCAUGGAAGUGCUUUAGAUGGUAUAAAAUUUUAUUACAAGUCAGGAACAGGAACAGCAGCAAGAUCCAGUAAUGGCGGCGGCGGUGCUCCCAAAAUCCCGAAAAGAGAUUAUUUGUCAAAGAUGUUUCGUAGUAAACUUAAUAUUUCAAAUCAAAGCCAUCAUAAACAAUCACCACAACAAUUAACAAAUGGUUCAGGUGGAGAGAAACGUACUGCUUUAGUUGGGAAAGAAACUGGGAAUUACUCGGAAUUCAUUUUCAAUCCAAAUGAAUAUAUAACAUUUUUCAAUUUCCGUGAUGGUGCUUGGAUGGAUGCAGUACAAUUCGGAACUAAUCAAGGAAGAAUCUCACCAAUGUUUGGUAAUGCUGAUGGAGGACAUUUAUCUACACUCGAUGCGCCAAAUGAUGAUUUUGAAAUUGUUGGAAUGUAUUUUUAUUUAAACCAAUGGCUUAGAGGAUUGGGAAUAAUAUAUACUCCAAAACAUUAA